CAUAUAUCACUGUUACGUCUCUUGUCGAGAAUCUAGGGUUUCUUUCUCUCUCUCUCUCUUUCCAUGAUUUGUAGCGCCUCCCUCUCUCCAUCUCUCCAUAGCUUCUGGGCUCGAUUCCUCUUCUCGGGCUUCCUAAUUAUGUUCAAUUAAACUUCGUCUUCUUGCGCUCACCUUACAGAUCUUCUCUUUCCUCUGAGAUUUCCGCGACUUUAACCUAAUUUUUUCACUUUCAAAGCUUUGAAUUUUCUCCGAGAUCUCUCUGAUUCGUUGGGGUACUUCAACGGAAGCUAUUGGGUGCGUUGAAAUGGAAUCGAAGAUCAAAAAGCCUGCUAAUUUUAUCGAAGACGCAGACAUUGAUGGAGGUGCCGAGAGUGAUUCUACCAUUAGUAGCGUUAUAAGUUUGGAAGAUGAGUCGGUGGUUGAUGUUUCUGGUCAGAAUCUGGAGUUUUCUCUUCUAGAUAAUGUCGAUGAUUCGGUUAAAGGUCUCUACUUCUUCAGGAAUGUAUUCAAUUUGCUUCCCAAAUCGAUUGGAGGGCUUGGGAGAUUAAGGAAGCUCAAGUUUUUCAGUAACGAGAUCGAUUUGUUUCCGCCGGAAUUAGGGAAUUUGGUGAAUUUGGAGUAUCUUCAGGUCAAGAUAUCGUCACCCGGUUUUGGCGAUGGCUUGUCGUGGGAUAAGCUUAAGGGUUUGAAGGAGCUUGAGCUUACUAAAGUUCCUAAACGAUCUUCGGCUUUGACCCUUUUGAGCGAGAUUUCUGGGCUCAAGUGUCUGACGAGGCUCUCUGUUUGUCACUUCUCAAUUAGAUAUCUUCCCGCGGAGAUUGGAUGUCUUAAGAGUCUGGAGUAUCUGGAUCUCUCUUUUAACAAGAUCAAGAGUUUGCCUAACGAGAUAGGUUAUCUGAGUUCAUUAACGUUCUUGAAGGUUGCUCACAACAGACUGAUGGAGCUAUCACCGGCUUUAGCUUUAUUACAAAACUUAGAAAGCCUGGACGUAUCAAACAACCGAUUGACAAAUCUGCAUCCUCUCGAUCUAAGCUUGAUGCCUCGACUUCAAAUUUUAAAUUUACGGUACAAUAAGCUCCCGAGUUAUUGCUGGAUUCCGACAUGGAUACAUUGUAAUUUGGAAGGGAACUAUGAAGAGAUGGGCGUUGAUACUUGUAGCAGCUCUAUGGUUGAAAUGGAUGUAUUUGAAACCCCAUAUGAGAACAACACCAUAACCGUUCCUCAUAAAGGCUCCCACCGUAACCCAUUAAAUAUGUCAACUGGAAUCUCUUCCAUCAGUAGAUGCUUUUCGGCCCGAAAAUCAAGUAAGAGGUGGAAGCGGAGACAACAUUACUUCCAGCAAAGGGCAAGGCAAGAACGCUUGAACAACAGCAGGAAAUGGAAAGGGGAAGUCCCUCCAGGAGGAUUAAGUCUGAAGAUGGAAGUCGAAGAAACUGGGAAACAGGGCAUGAAAGUUCCUGAGAACACUGACAGAGGUUCAGUUGAUAGCACCUACUCGGGUGACAAUGAUAAACUGUUAGAAGAGGCUUCUGUCAUUACUUCUGAAGAGGAAGAGGAAGAGAGCAGUCUUAAAGCUAAGUUUGCUUCUGACAAUUCCCGAUUCGUGGAAACCCAAUUAACGAGUGAAAGGGAUAACAAUGAAAGUUGUGAGAUCAAGGCUUCUUCUCCCUCUUCAGGAGAUGCACCUGGUACGGCAGACUAUAAUUCUUCUUCAGAGAGAAAGAAGCCAAAUAACAAGUCGAAGCGAUGUAGUGAGAAGUAUCUGGAUAAUCCAAAAGGCUCUAAAUGCCAUAGACCGUCUACCGAUUUUGCUAAUUUGUCGCACAAAUACAGCAGAAACUCAUUUUGCAGCACAGAAGAUUCUCUACCUGAUGGCUUUUUUGAUGCUGGACGUGAUAGGCCCUUUAUGUCUCUUAGUAAAUAUGAGGAAAUUUUGCCUCUUGAUUCACGUGAAGUCAUACUCUUGGACAGGGCAAAGGAUGAAGUGUUGGAUGCAAUCACUCUCUCUGCUCGAACCUUGGUAGCUAGGUUGAAGAAAUUGAACUGUUUAACUCCAGAUGUAGAUCAAGUUUCCAUCGACAACUUGCAAGUUGCAUCAUUUCUUGCCCUUUUUGUAUCGGAUCACUUUGGGGGGAGUGACAGGACUGCUAUUAUUGAAAGAACCCGAAAGGCAGUGUCUGGUACAAACUACCAGAAACCCUUUAUUUGCACCUGUUUGACUGGGAACCAAGACGACUUGGCUGCUCUCAACAAACAGGUCUCAACAACGGCUGAAGAUGUCAUUUUGUCUGAUGUGUGUGAAAAAUCUCUGCGGUCUAUUAAGUCCAAGCGGAACUCUAUAGUGGUUCCUCUAGGGAAACUGCAAUUUGGCAUCUGUAGGCACAGGGCCUUGCUCAUGAAGUACCUUUGUGAUCGCAUGGAGCCUCCUGUACCCUGUGAACUUGUUAGAGGCUAUCUAGAUUUCAUGCCACAUGCCUGGAACAUUGUCCCUGUGAAGCAAGGUUCCUCAUGGGUUCGUAUGGUAGUUGAUGCUUGUCGUCCUCAUGAUAUCAGGGAAGAUACAGAUCAAGAAUAUUUCUGCAGGUACAUUCCCCUUAAUCGGCUAAACGAAUCCAUUCGCACAAAGGAAAAUUUGGAACCAGGAUGUUCUGUUUCUUCUCUGUUAACGGGCAAAGGAGUUGAAAGAGCUAAUAGUAGUCUUAUCCGAUGCAAGCUUGGCUCAACUGAAGCAGUUGUGAAGAUGCGUACAUUAGAGGUUUCUGGAGCUUCCUUAGAUGACAUUAGGACUUUUGAGUAUACUUGCUUAGGAGAAGUGCGGAUUUUAGGAGCUUUGAAACAUGACUGCAUUGUGGAGUUAUAUGGACAUGAGAUAUCGUCCAAGUGGAUAACCUCAGAAAAUGGAGAUGAACAUCGACGCGUAUUGCAAUCUUCUAUUCUGAUGGAACACAUAAAAGGAGGAUCUCUAAAGGGCCACAUUGAGAAGCUCUCGGAAGCUGGUAAGCACCAUGUUCCCAUGGAUCUAGCCUUGUCUAUUGCAAGAGAUAUCUCAGGGGCUUUAAUGGAGCUGCACUCGAAGGAUAUAAUUCACCGUGACAUAAAAAGCGAAAACGUUUUGAUCGAUCUGGACAAUCAAAGUGCAAAUGGAGAAGCCAUUGUGAAGCUUUGUGAUUUUGAUAGAGCUGUUCCACUUAGGUCUCACUUGCACGGGUGCUGUAUUGCCCAUGUGGGAAUACCUCCUCCUAAUAUCUGUGUCGGUACGCCACGAUGGAUGUCCCCUGAAGUCUUCAGAGCAAUGCAUGAACAAAACUUUUACGGACUUGAAGUGGAUAUCUGGUCAUUUGGUUGCUUAAUCUUUGAGUUGUUGACACUACAGAAUCCUUAUUUUGAUUUAUCUGAGCUUCAGAUUCACGAAUCCCUACAGAAGGGCAAAAGACCAAAGCUACCAAAGAAACUAGAGACACUGAGCUCUGAAACAGAGGAAGACGAAUCAACAAACAAACUCUGUGAAGAGUUUGACCUAACCGAAUCUGACUUAGACACAAUGAGAUUUCUUAUCGACGUGUUUCACCAGUGCACUGAGGAGUCUCCUUCAGACCGUCUAAACGCAGGAGACCUCCAUGAAAUGAUUCUUUCACGGACAAAGAGAGAGUAAAUCUCCUUCAGGUACUUGCAGUUCUUCACAAAGCUCAAGCCUUUAAAAGGCUUUGAAGCUUAAAAGAGAGAAGAUAGAAAGAUUGAGUCUCAGUUUCUUAAGAUUAGAUUUAUGGCCAACAAUUUGGGCCUAAAAGCUUCGUAAGCUUAUGGAAACCACAGAACGAUAGGUGGUAAUUUAUUUCUUGUAACCUUGUUUGUUUCUUCAUUUUGUAACCCCCAAAAGUGUUCUUAGAUUGUAUCAUUUGAUUCUGUAGACACCAUUGUAUCAUUCUUCUUCCAACUUUUAUUAAAACAAAGAGCAUAUGAACCAUUACAUAUUUGAAGAUUUUCUUGAUUCAA